CAGCCAGCGUCGCAUGCACAGAGCAGCAGCGAGCUCGCCUCUCACCGCACCACACGCACCGCUGCGCUCCGCUGCGCACCACACUCGCAGCAGCCGCACCGCCGCCGACCGUCGCGGCCACCGCACGCCUGCCGCGCGCGCGCUUCUCGUCGCAUCCGUGCUCUGCUGCGCGUCCUCUGCGCCGCACGCUCCGCCAGCUCCACCCGUCCGUCUCCACCACCACCACUACCUGCCGCGCUCUGCGACACCGCCGUGCCAGCGCCGCCCCGUUUGCCCCCGCGCCCUGAGCGCCGCCUCCUCGCACUCCGCCCGAGCGGCCGCGGCAGUGCAGCAUGGUGCCGCGUCCCGCGUCGUCGGCCAGCCUGGGCGCCAGCGGCAGCGGCAGCGGCGCCGGCAGCCACGCGCACCACCAUCCGCACCAUGCCUCGUCGCCCCUCGGCGGCGGCGGCUCGCCGUUCCCGCCGCUCGGCCUCGCCGCCACGGCGUCGCUCGCCGCCGCCUCGGCGCACGGCUUCGGCCUCUCGCCGCCCAAGCCGCUCACGCCCGCCGCCGCCGCCGCCGCGACGGCACAGGCGGAAAAGGAGCGCGAGGGCCUGCCGCCGCCGCCGGCCAAGGUCGACGCCUCGGCAGCGCAGAACUGCCGCCUGCAGGAUGCGUACUGGAGCGACGACGAUGAGGACCUCGACUGUCCGCUGUGUCUCGAGGAGAUCGACCUCUCCGACGCCAACUUCCGGCCGUGUCCGUGCGGCUACCAGAUCUGCCGCUUCUGCUGGCACCACAUCAAGCAAAAUCUCAACGGCCGCUGUCCGGCGUGCCGGCGGAAGUACUCCGACCAGGCCGUCGAGUUCACGCCCAUGACAGCAGAAGAAAUCAAGCGCCUCACGCAGAGCAAAAAGCAAAAGGAGCGCGAGCGCAAGGAGCUCGAGGCGAUGAACCGCAAGCACCUCGCCAACAUGCGCGUCGUGCAGAAGAAUCUCGUCUACGUUGUCGGCCUGAGUCCGAAGCUGGCCAAGGAAGAGUUCAUCCCUACGCUGCGCUCCAACGACUACUUUGGCCAGUACGGCCGCAUCAGCAAGGUGCUCAUCUCGAAGCGCACGACGGCCUCCAAGCUCGUCAUGGGCACGUCCGAGUCUGCGCUCGGCGUGUACGUGACGUACCACCGCAAGGAGGAUGCCGCGCGCGCCAUCGUGGCCAUCGACGGGUCGAAAGGGCCGGACGGCAAGACGAUUCGUGCCAGCUACGGCACGACCAAGUACUGCACGACGUACCUGCGCAACCUGCCGUGCACGCUGCCGACAUGCACGUACCUGCACGAGCCGGGCGAGGAGGGCGACUCGUUCACAAAGGAAGACCUCAGCACACUACGUCACGCGGCAAAGGACACUGAGUUCAAGGGCGGCAAGACCGUUGUGCCCUCGUCCGCGCCGAUGCCGUCUGCCCUGCGUCGCAGUGACUCGUCCUCGGCGGACGCCAGUGGGUUGGUGAGCUCCUCCGGCGCACUGACGAGCUCGGGCAUCGAGGCGUCGGCCCUGCCAAAGACGGCCAGCUGGGCUAGUGCAAAGGCGCCGGGCACGCCGUCGACGCCGAUUGCGCAGACGGCCAGCAGCGUGAUCCGCGACGCCGACCUGCCGUCGCUCGCUGCGGCCGCCGCCAGCCGCGAGGCCACGCGCAAGGCGAAUCAGGCGCAGAAGCAACAGGCCGCUGCAGCAAAGCAACAGGCUGCAGCCGCCGCUGCUGCCGCGUCUGCUGCUGCUGCGGCAGCAGCUGUGGCCGCUGCUGCCGCCGCAGAUCCGCCCGCCGCUGCGCCCGACUCGCCGCAGAAGCAGAGCGCUGCCGCAGCUCCGCCAACAGCACCAAGAGGAGGGCGCGCGACGCGGCCGACGAUCGUCACUGCUGUCUCAGCGGACGCACCAGGCUCUGCACCGGAGUCGCCGGCGCCCGAGGUCGCGGCCGCCACGCCAGUGCUGCCGCCUGGUCUUUCGCGCACGACGCCUGCCUCGUCGGGUGCCGCAACGCCGCGACCGUCCGCAGCGCCUGUCGAGAGCGAAAGCGGGACCGGCACUCCGCGACCGCCAGGACUCCCUCCGGCACCGCCAGGCCUGUCGCGAGUGGCUGCUUCAGGGCCGCCGCCAGGCCUGCCUCCAUCGCGCGCCGCCACGCCGUCGAGCAGCACGCCUGAGCUCGCUCCGCCGUCCGGCUCGUCUGCCGACACGGCGUCGACGUACCAGCCGAGCUCGUCGGCGCAGGCUCUGCUCGAUGACAUGCUCGCGCGCCGCGACGCCGAGGCUCAUGCUGAGCCGCGCUCGAGCCCAUUCCCCGACUUCGACGAUGCGCUGCGCUCGUUCCGUAAUGGCGGCGAUUUCUGCUUCAAUCUGCCCGAGUCCGAGGCGCGCAAGGGCGCGGCUGUCGGCGCAGGCGGCGCUACGGGCGUUGGCCAGGCGUUUGGCGCGUUCAGUCCGAUGGGCGUGCCUCCGCCGGGCCUCGGUGGCUUCGGCGGCAGCGUCGUCGGCGCGCCACCAGGGCUGGGAACACCGAACCGCAGCAACUCGGCAUCGCCGGCGCCCUCUUCGUUCUUCGGCUCGUAUAGCGGCUCCUUCGACCCGUUCGCGUCCGGCGCAGGCGAGAGCGUGAGCACUGCCUCCGUCGCCACGACGGCCGAGGAAGGCUCCACGGCGGAUCCCUUCGCAGCCAUCGAGGAGAUGCGCCGUACGUUGUCUGAAGAGCGAGGCGGACAGAGCAGCGCGGUGGACGACGACGAGGACGCGGCGUCUGGCGGCGAGCAGGCCGAUGGCGGCAAGAAGCGAGCGAGCCGCUUCGGCUUUGCGAAGCGCAAGGAGAGCGUCGGCUCCGCCGGCUCGGCAAGCAACUCGCCGUUCUUCCGUGCCAGCGCACCGCUGCUGCCGGCGGCUCUGCAGCAAGCCCAUGCGCAGAGCCAGCAGAUGCGCGAGCAGUUUGGCAGCAACGGGCACGCGUCCGGCGCAGAGGAAAGCAAGGCGGUCGACGACGACGCGCUGGCCCUCAGCAUGCGCGACCGCGACGUCUCUGGCAUCCUGAGCGGCGUGUUCGACGCGCACGAGCUGCAGAGCGACGGCGGUGUGUCUCGGCAGCAGCAGCAGCAUACGCCGCAGCAGCCGCAGCAGCAACACCAGCAGAGCCAGCAGCAUCUCGCACAGCAGCACCACCUGCAGGCGCAGCAACAGCAACAGCAGCACCAGCAGGCGCAGCAGCAGCAGCACGCCCAGCAACAGCAGCAGCAGCAGCAGCAGCAGCAGCAGCAGCAGCAGCAGCAGCAGGCUCAACAGCAAGCGCAGCAGCAGCAGCAGCAACAGCACGCGCAGCAGUCGAUGCACCAGCACCCGCACAGCCACGCGCCUCAGCACGCGCACGACCACGCUGCGCACCUGCAGGCGUACCAGACGCAGUACGGGCGCGGCGACUUUGGUGCUGCACGCACGUCGCCGUUUGGCGGCCCCCGCGCGGGACCGCCGCCAGGCUUCGGGCUCGCGAACGGCAGCGGCGCCGGCGCUGGCGGUGCGGGCAGCUACGCCUCGAACCUGCUGGGCCACGCCUCGCCGCUCGCCGCGCCGCACUUCUCGCCGCACGUGCAGCACCAGCAGAGCCUGCAGAAGCACCUGCAGCAGCAGCCGCUCAACGGCAACGCCAGCUGGCUCGCCGAGCUGCAGCGCAACGCCGCCGCUGCGAACGCCAAUGGCCACGCGCUCAAGAGCGGCAACGGCGCCGGCUACGCCGUCUCGCCGAGCACCGAGCACGCUCCGCGUCACGGCGGCUUCUUCGGCGCGGGCGGGCCCAACGCCAGCAACUCGCCCGCCUCGGCGCCUUCGACGGGCAACCCGUCCGACCCGCUCCUGGCGCAGCUGAUGGCGGCUGCGGCUGCUCGUCCCGAUGCGCGUCGCCAGCAGCAACAGCAGCAGUACGCGCAGGGUGCGCCGUUUGGCAACGCGGCCGGCGACCGGCCCUUUGCAGACCCGGCCGUCAUGUCGUGGAGCUCGCAGCCGCAGCAGGCGCAGCAGCAGUCGUACGGAGGCUCCUUUUCGCCCUUCGAGGCGCACGGCAACGGCUCGCCGUUCGGUGCUCUCGGCAUGGGUGGCCAGCAGCCGCCGCCGCCGCAGCAGCAGCAGCAGCAGCAGCAAGGCGGCCAGCAGCCGCAGCAGGGCUACCCGUACGGCCAGCGGAGCACGUACACCUGAAGCACGCCUGCUCGCCGCUCUGCCUCUCCGUCUCGCCGUGCUCCGAUCCGCCCGUCUCCUGUCCCAUUUCCCUCUCCCUCGCGCCCCCGAAGACGAAGUCCCCUCCUCCGUCGAAGAUCUUGCGUGCCUCCAUUUCUUCGACCAGCCCCUCCCACCAACACCGCCCCGUGCCGCGCCGCCGCGUCUCGUCCUGCCCCGCUACACAAUCCAACCAGCCGCGUGUGCCUCUUGAAACAUGAAAUGAAGCGUCUCUCCCGUG